GUGCUAUAAUCCGUACGUGUUGGUGAAGAUGUCUGGUGUAACUAACGCUGUCGCAGAUUUCGUAUGGGGAAAUCGACACUCUUUUGUGGCAGCUGCUUUUGCAACGAGCGCAGGAGUUUCGGCAUAUUGCGUGUAUAAACUGUUAAACUCAGACAAAGAGAGAAAACACCGAGACAACGUAUACGAGACACACAAGCUUUUGAGCGAAUAUUUUGUUUUCCAUUUUGGAUCACCAUCCGAAGUACUUCGUUGGGAUUUCGGCCCGAAAGAAGCUUUAGACUUUCCUAGACGAGUUGCUGAAGAAUGUAUUGCUGCUUUCACAGAACAGAAAGAUGUGCCAAACACAGCUCUUGAUAUCGGGUGUGCAGUCGGGAGAACGUCAUUUGAAUUGGCCCGCAGAUUUGAACAUGUCGUUGGAAUCGAUUACAGUCAUAAUUUCAUUGCGGCCUGCAAUCAAUUACGAGAAGAUGGUUACAUAGAUUAUGAAGUAACAGACCAGGGUCACCUGACAACCCAGCUGAGAGCUACAGUGCCAGACGAUAUAGAUCGAAACAGGUGUUCAUUUCGUCAAGGUGAUGCAUGCAAUCUGCCACUGGAUAUCGGACAGUUUGGUUGCGUGGUCGCUGCUAAUCUUAUUUGUCGGCUCCAGAAUCCAUUUGAUUUUCUGAGUCGGUGCGAGUCUCUCGUAGCUCCUGGUGGAUUACUUGUUAUUCUAUCACCGUAUACAUUCUUAGAAGAGUUUACACCUAAGAAAAACUGGAUUGGUGGUUAUGUGGAUUCUGACGGCGAUGAAGUAAUUGCAUUUGAAACAAUGCAGGAAUACUUUGAUUCAAAGUUUGAAUUUUUACAAGAAAAGGAUAUGCCGUUUUUUAUUCGGGAAACCGCAAGGAAAAACCAGUGGACUGUGAGUCAUGCCACUUUUUGGCAGAGGAAAGAAUCUGAGUGAAUUGGAAAUUGGAUUUUCAGCAUGCUGGGAUGAACUAUUUUAGUUAUAGGGGUGGCCGACACCAUUGUGAAUGGGAUUUGUAGUAAAUGCGGUUAAAUUAAAAAUAGAAUACUACGCGUAACUAGGUGGAAUGUACCUGCAAUUAAUAAGAGGUGUUGUCAAUUUGAAUUUGUUUAAAAAUUCACAAAUUACAUCACUAAGCAUUACAUACUAUGAUUAAAUACUGAUGAAGAUCUUCGAUGUGAGACAAAGAAAUAAGUAAAUAAAAACUAAAAUACUGACAAAUGUA